CUCCGCCUGCAACACGCUGCGUCCCGAGGCCCCCGGUGGACUGGGGAAGAAAAAAAAACGGGCCAGAAGAAGUCAACAUCUGCUGAGCGAUAACAAUAAUACGGUUAUGAAACAAUGGAUGACUGACAAAUAAGAAAUAUUGACUUUACAAUUCCCAGGAGCAGAGCGUCACAUCACUCUUUGCUUCUUCUUUUUUUUCCCUCACCUUUUAUUUUUUAUUUUUUUACUCUAGAUAUUUUCUCCCUUUUUUUGCCAAAAAGGAGACAACGUUCUGUUUUGGGAAUUAUUUUUCCCCCUAAAAACUUCCAACUUUGCGAAGGAUUUUAUAUUUAUUUUUUUAUAUUUUAACAUAGGUCAUUGAUAAGUCUUUCUCCUCCAAAGACUUGUGUUGGGGAUGUUGAGUUCUGUGAAGAUGGAAGCACAUGAUCUACCAGAGUGGAAUACUUUCUACAGCGAGGCCAGUGAGAUGUAUUCCUCUCCCAGCACCAUGAACUCUGGUCUGGGCUCCAUGGGCUCCAUGGGCUCCAUCAACAGCUACAUCAACCUGAACCCGGCCACCGCCUCGCCUGCAGGCAUGAACAUGGCGUACCCGAGCACCAGCCUCAGCAGUUCCCCGCUGGCCUCCAUGGGCUCCGGGCCCAGCCACAUGUCCCUCUCCCCGGUGACCUCGUCCCUCGGCUCGGGCCCUCUAACCCAGCUGGGCCCCGUUGCUCCAGGCUCCCUGGGCUCCUUGUCACACUACCAGAACAUGGGCCAAUCCAUGAGCCAGCUGGGGUACCCCUCCACCGCGACCCUUAACCGGGCCGGGCACAAGGACAUUCCCCCGAAGCCCUACCGACGCUCCCUGACCCACGCCAAGCCGCCGUACUCCUACAUCUCCCUCAUCACCAUGGCCAUCCAGCAGAGCGGCAGCAAGAUGCUCACCCUGAACGAGAUCUACCAGUGGAUCAUGGACCUGUUCCCCUACUACCGUGAGAACCAGCAGCGCUGGCAGAACUCCAUCCGCCACUCGCUCUCCUUCAACGACUGCUUCGUGAAGGUGGCUCGCUCGCCGGACAAGCCGGGCAAAGGCUCCUACUGGACCCUGCACCCGCAGUCGGGCAACAUGUUCGAGAACGGCUGCUACCUGAGGCGCCAGAAGCGCUUCAAGAUCGAGGAAAAGCUGGCGAAGAAAGCGGGCAAGAGCCAGGAGGGGGGCUCUGGGAAGGGAGGCCAUGGCGGAGAUCACCUGGUGGAGGAUCACAGCCCCACAGGAGGCUCUGAGGGAGCCGACUCCGCCCACUCAGACAACUCCCACCCGGGCUCUUCGGACGACCAGCCGCAUCCCCGGAACUCCCUGGUGCCACUAGACUGCCCGUCGCUCUCCUCCUCACACCUCCACAGCCCGCCCAUCUCCCUGCCGUCCUCCUCCUCCUCCGCCUCGUCCUCCCUGUCCCUCUCAGCCGCCACCUCCUCCAACCCGCUCCUCCACUCCCAGUCUCUGGUGGGUAGCUCCCACCUCCUGCCCGGCGCCAUGCAGCAGCACAUGGACCUACAGAGCGACCCGCUCAAGUCCCUGGACCCCCACUACAACUUCAACCACCCCUUCUCCAUCACCAACCUCAUGUCCAACGAGCAGAAGAUGGACCUCAAGUCCUACCAGGACCAGGUGAUGGCAUACAACAGCUACACCAGCGGCUCUCCUAUGGGAGCCAAGCAGAUCUACGACAGCCCCGGGCCGGCCACCAUGGACUCAGGCGCUUACUACCAAACUCUGUACAGCCGCUCGGUGCUCAACGCCUCCUAAUAUGGACACUCACCCCCCCCCCCACACCCCCACACCCCCACCUCCCCACAUACACACACACACACACACACACACCUGUCUCUAGAGGUGAGCCAAGAUGGAGACUUCUCUUUCUCUCAGCCUUUUCUAAAAUGGACACCCCAGCUCUCUUCCUCUUUCUUUCCCCGUCCCUCUCUGGCUCACAUCCAGUGGCCUUGGUAGAGACUCACAUCUAAAAUGGCUGCCGUGUUUGAGGGACCAAAGAACUUUUUUUUUUUUUCUUUUCCCAACUCUGACAAACAUGGAGACUGGUUGGUUACAUGGAGGACAGAAAAGUGUAGCUGGAUGAUAAAAAGUCUUAACUGAUGAUGUCAGAUCCUGUCUUCGCCUGUCGCACGAGCACUGCACAUGGUGAAAUUGGCUUUGUACAAAAUGUAUAUAGAGGUAAUGUGAGGGGGCGGGGGGGGGGGGUAUUUGCAUUUAUUUAUGAAGGGAAUAAAUUUUAAUAUAUCUUGUAUAGCGCUCUGAUGACCAGUUACAACCCAAAUGUGAGGGGGGGAGGCGGGGGUUUAAUCCAAAAAAUGGAGAGACAAUGGGCGAGUUUCAGGUUACUGCUUCAGGCAGAUGUUACUGCGGUGGGAGACAGUUUUCUUUUUUUUUUGUGUUACAGCAUUUCACACUACGUCCAUCAUUUCUGUCAGAUCACACCAUGGAGUGUGUACUUUCUUUUGUUAUUUUGGUUAAACAUAUGAAGAAGAAAAAAGCCAUUUUGUACUCGCUGGAGAGGAAACAGAAGCUAAAACAAUCUUUUGCAGCCAGAAGGAACUACUAGGCAAAGUAACUGUGGUAAAAAUAAAAAAAAAAUAAAAGAAUCAUGUUGUGUUUAUGUUUUCGUCACCUAUGCGAGAACAUUAAAACCAAAUGCUUUUUUGACAGACUGUAACAUUUUGAAUAACAGAUAGCUGGUGCCGUUCAUUGGGGGAGUUCAGUCAGUUACUAAAACAGAGGAGGGGAGGAGAGAUGCACUAUGGGAGGAUUUACAUACAGUACUUUGCACUAUGGAGCUCCCACUGGCCAGGUGGGCUGAUAGUGUGCGUGUGUGUGUGUGUUUGUGUGUGUUACAACAAUACUUAGGAACACCCCCUUACAAUGUCAAUGCAUCAGCUCAAUGUGAUCAGUGUAACAAUGUCAAAGGGUGUCAAAUAACCUUCUGUCCAAAAAGUGCCUUUUCUUCAAAUGACUACUGAUCUGAUGAGAGAUCAAUGUACAGACGAUCUAUUGAAGGAUUAUUCUGAUAAACAGCAGAGGACGCAGAAGUUUCAGGUCACGAUGUCCUCUGCAGAGCAUGUUUUAGUUUCAAAGAGAAAUGUCUUUUAUUUAAGCUAUGUUGCUUUUCAAACUUUGAAAGUGUGCUGAUAUAAUAUAUUGUUUUUUUUGUUGUCGUCGUUUCUGUCGGUUUAAAUGUGAUUUGAAUGAUUCAUGUUUCAUUUUUUUUCUUAUUAAAAAGGCAAAAAAUGUGGGGAGAAAUGGUGCUUUUGUUUUUCAUUUCCAUAAAUGAUAAUGCAGGACGUGUUUGCUGUCAGCGAGGACACGAAACGGUCAAAAGUAACCUAAACACCGAAAGCUGCUUCACCGUACAUUCAGUGUUCAAAUCUGUAUUCUUUUUUUUUCCCCACAGGGAUGAGUAAUCAAUUCAGUUCCGAGUACUUUCUUAACAUUCCACAAAAUCAUAAAAAGAGACUUCCUCUUUCUGGAUUUCCCA